CCAGUUGUACUUUCCUUUCCUUCGACAGAGUCCGUGAGCGGCUCAGCCCUGAGACCGCACCGGCCUGGCGACUGGAUCCCGGCAGCUGAUUGGACAAUGCUGUUUUGCCACGUCACAUGGGAUCCUCAGUAUAACUAACGUGCGGAGCGAGUCACAGCUUCAAAUCCCAGCUUUUGUGGGAUCAGCACGUCUCGAGAACCCCAGAAAAUAACAAAAUGUCCCUACAUGAAAACACAAUGGACAGGCCACCUGUGGAGAAAUCACAGGCCGGUGAUACAACAAACAACAGACAGACCCACAGACUGUAUCCAUCACUACCGAAUAUAGACAGGUAUGAUGUUUGUGUGCCGGGCUGCUCCAUUGGAGAAAACCUUCAUACAGCUGCAGUUGAUCAUCCCGACAGUCUGCAGGGAGACAACCAGUCAGAAGUGUCAGCUGCCAGCAGAGACAUCAGAAUGAAAGCACAGAUACUUGUCUUGGAAGAGCAAAGGCAAGAGCUUCUUUCUAUUAACGAGAAAUGGGCAAAAGAGUACCGAACCAUGAGACAGUACUACAAAGAGAAGGUUCAAGAUUUAAAAGCAUUACUACAACAAGGUCACAGUCACUUUGAAGGGGAGAUGUGUGACGAAGGAAAAAAGCACAUCACAUUAUAUAAGAAAGUCAAAGACAAAGAGAGCACAUGGACUGGAGACGGUGAUGUCUACUCUAAAAUACUAAAAGCAGAAAAGGAGGCAAAGGAGCUGCAAGCUCUAAACAGCACUCUGACCCGAAGAGGGCAGCAUCAGCAUGAGGAAAUCAGACGAUUAAACAAGGCUCUACAGGAGGCACUUCAGACUACUCAACCUCUUAAUUUGAGCAGUGAAACACUACAGGAUGUCUGGAAACAUCAGGCCGAAGUCUACAAGGAAGACUUCUUGAGGGAGCGGAAGGACAGGGAGAAGCUUAAGGAGAAGUAUCUGGAACUAGAGAAUAAGUUUAGAAAAGUUUACAGUGAGCUACGUGUCCUCAAACCUCAGGUGACUAGGACUCGGCCACCACAGGCUGAAUGUACCUGCAAAAAUGGAGCCAAAAGUCCAAACUGGGAGUUCCGGCCAAUUAACCAGCACCAGAUCCAGCUACAAAGACGUUACACACUUGAUAACAGAUAACUGUGAAAUACAAUGGCCUUCUCACUCUUUGUGUGAUACUGUAUGUUGCACUUUAUGGAAGUCUCAGAUCAGAGUUCAUCACUAGCAGGAUGAGACUUUGCUAGUUUAUUAGACAGGACAACAUCCAGGAAGUGAACUUCUGUUUCAGUCCUCAGCCAACUGCCUGCUGCAGGUUCAGUUUCAGGUAGCUUUUGUUGUGAUCGUAACAAGACCACUCCACCAAUCCUUGCCCAUUAGGCAAUCGAUGUGGAGGAAGCAAACGCACAAAGAAAACACUUAAAUAGCCUGUGAAAUAUAAAUAUGAACUGCUAGUAUAAACACUUCCCAAGAGGAGAAAAGCAGCAAAAAGUGAAAUAAAAUACUCUACCCACUGUGUGCAAAGUUUGCUAUGUAAGCCGUUGCGAGGGUGCUCAGCUCCUCCUCUUCUUGUGACACAGGUCCUGAGGGAUUAUUGCACUGCCCAAACACUAUUGACAUAGAUAAUGUUUAUCAAAGGUGCAAGUUGAAUGAGGGAUCUUCCUGGUUCAAGUACCUGUAACCACGGUGUGCCCAGUACAAAAGGGAGAUCCAAGAAAAAAUGAUGCUGAAACUCAUAAACAUACACAGGCACACCCCCAUCUGUCAGGAGGAAGGAAACUGCAAGUCAUGUUGCAACUACAAAGGCUGCAAUUUCUUUUGAUUCAUUAUAAAGUAUGUUCACCUCGGUGGCAUGCAGACACAAGUAUGGGAAGAAUGAGGACCAUGUCGCCCAGUAUCUCUGUGAAAGCAUCACAUAUGUUUUCUGGAGAGACGCUUUGUGGCCUGUCAGAGGAAAGAUAGAGGUGGUGGGAGAAGAAGGAAAAGGUAUAUAGAAACAUUUAUUUUUACACUAUAUUUCUGAAAUGUUUGAAGGAAAUUGUUGGCACAUAUUCUUCCUGUUUCUUGUUUAUUUAUCAUGGAAAUAAAGCAUUGUUUAUAUGUG